AUGAAACCAGUCCAGACAAGGUGACAGGCUUGAGAAGUGGCUGGCGAGGGUGAGGUGAUCUGGAGCUUGCAUUUUCAGAUCCUCCGCUUGAAGUUGUACAAUCAAGUCGACACUCAGUGCUUCGUAGCCCCGAAGAAAAAGGAACCCUUUGCAGGUAAAUUACAUGGAACAAAUGCAGGGUUUGUCCUCUUUUGUACCUAUCGUACUCAAUUAUGAAAGAAGACUGGAGACAUUCACAAGGCUGUAAGCAGGAAGCAAGUUAAAGCAGAAACCUAGAAUCUGGCCAGUGAUACCUGGUGAAAUUCUGUUGGGAUUUUCAUUGACACAUUCAGCUGGUUGGAUAGGAGAAUGAUCCUGAUGUCCCAGUAACACUGAAUAAAUGUGAAUACUGAGCCCAGGUCCCUGGUUACAGCAAGCAGAAAGUGAUAAAGCAGGAAAUGCUGAAACAAGCCUCUGGUCCCCCUACUUUCACCUCAGCAAUUCCUUUCCGGAUUCUGAACAAGGGACCUGAUUAUUUUCGGAAGCAGAUGGAGAGCAAUAGCCGGAAGCCAAGUGCAGUGGAGCGUCUGGAAGCCGAUAAAUUAAAAUAUGUGAAGAGCCAGCAGGUAGCAAGUACCCGACAGGAGCCAGUGAAGGCAAGUGAACCUGUCCUGUCCCCUGCGAUCAGGCGAACCCUCCACAGCCCCAGGAAAGCCCCUAGUACUGGAGCCCGCAGGACAGAGAACACUGAUUGGAAAGGAGCCUUAAACCUGGAGAGUCUGAAAAAUCUAAUAGAUGACACUCCAAACCUGCCAGCGAGCCAGCCAGGCUCUGCGGAACGGGCUGCCAAUUCCAACUCUGGAAACUUGCAAAGCCACGGAUAUGUGAAGCCUGGGAACAGCCUUAGGUCUGAACUACAUAGCAGCGUUUUUGUGCCGGCUCAUAAUGCAGCAGUGAGACGAGUGGAUGUGCGCCCCAAUGUGAGCAGGUGUGUCCGGAGACCACCAUGUCCCUCUGUGGCCAGGUCGAGGCUUUCAUCUACCACCAGCUCCAGGGGCUCACCAAGGAAAGCAUGCCCCGAGGUGGCUGCCCGGCAACAGCUUUCCCUGCACCGCUCCAAGUCUGACCUAAGUGACCGCUACUCCCGCGUCAGUGCCAACUUGGAACGAUUCUUUAAUUACUGUGGCCUGGACCCUGAGGAGUUGGAGAGCAUGGGGAUGGAAUGCCUAGCUCGAGCCAGCUCUGAUAUAAUAUCCCUCAAGCUAUAUAGCGCUAGCAAUCUCAGUUCUGAGUACAACCGCUCCCAAUACAGCAACAUAGUUGAGGAGAGGUCGUGCGAGCGCAUCCCCUAUGGGAUCUCCAUUAUUGAGCGCAAUGCCAGGGUCAUUAAGUGGUUGUACAGCUGCAGGGAAGCCAAGGAGUCACAGAGAGUGUCACCUGUAUGAGGGAGGUGGUCCUGGGCAAUGGAGAAAAAGCAGAACCUGAGACUCCAUGACCUUUUCUUUGAUGUUGAACUCAUGAUUUCAUUGAGACACUUUGCUUAUUGCUUAUUACUGCCGCCUACUAUGUUUAGUGAUAUAUGUUUUACUGGGCUGUCCUGUUCAUGGACUGUGUAAACUGUGAAUAUAAGACUCAACAAAUUAAAAACUUUAGAUUGCAGUGUGUGUGUUUCAGCCUGUUAGAUAUUAACUGAAUUUAACUGGAUAAUUCAUGUGAUUUAGUUCGAAAAUAUGCUGAAGAACUUCCACUGAAGAUGUGAAUGAUCCUACCACUGAACCAAAAAAAGGGCCUAGUUUUUUUUUAACACCAGAAUUUUAAGUAGUUAAGCUAGCCAAAUGUAUUCAAAGAAUAUGUACAAAUCUACUUCUAUCUGGUAAGUUUUAUUAAAGCUUAAGAAUAGUGAGUAAAAUAGCAUAUGCUAACAUCUGGGAGAAAAGAUAGCUUGAGCCUUGGGUACAAAUGUUUACCCCAAGCAUUGCAUCAUUCCUCUUUCAGGUAUUGAUAGACACUGUUUCAGAUUCCAAAUGCUGGGAUGUUAUCUUCCUAUCUGUGGUAUUAGUAAAUGUUGUACUUUAUUGAGAAUUAAAUGUUACACUAGAAAUCCCUUCCUGUCACUCUCUAUAUAUGCAUCUCACAUGAGAGGCUGGUUUUAUUACUUCUCUAUCUUUGUGAAUUUUGUAUAUUAUUUAAAGAUUGUAAUUUGAUAUUUUGCUACUGUUUUUAAUUAAAUGUCAAUAA